AUGUGUCACGCGGGGCUCGUGUGGGCGACGUUGCUCGUGUUGUGGGCGGGCGGGCAGCUCGGGCAAUCGAAGCAGAUGAGCGAGACCCUUCAGCGGGCGCUCUCUGCCGUCAGAGGACCCAGUCCCGGCGCCAAAAAGCUGCUGAACAUUCCUGAUGAUGGAGGUUCCCAAACAAAAUUAAUAUCUUCUAUUUACGAACUGCUUUUUGCUUUUCGGACGUAUAGCGUUGACGUACAGCAUAUCAAAGGUCCGCUCUGCUACAUUCGUAAGCGGGGCGCACUCGAGUGUAAGGAGAUACAAGAGCGGAACUAG